AUGGAAAAACCACGCGGCGGAUAUAUACCACUGAAUACUAUGUUUUAUAAGGAUCGUGCUCCAAACUCCUCAGAAAAUAAAUCUCCUUACAAAUCUAUCGAAGAAGAAAAGGAAAACGUCCCUAAAACAGUCAUGGUUGAUUUGGCACCCCUUACUGAAGAUGCAGUCAUCAUGUCCAAGACAAGUUCUCUAAGAAAAUACUUGGAUAGUGGAUUCCAAAUUUGGUUUAGAGUACUAUUAUCUGAAGGAUCGAAAGAAUUAAUCAUGUCCGCAGUUCAAUUAUUCGAUAAAAUCAAACUAUUCUGGGCAGAUAUAGCACAACCCUUAGGAGGGAUACAUAUCAAUAAAGCAUGUUUAUCGCAACUCUUCGUUCCAUUAGUCCACAUUACAAAAAAAGGGGUAAAAGUUAAAAACUUGCCACCAGUUCAAGAAACGGACAUCAACUUGGAAAACCCACCAAUCGAAUCCAAACCCUCAAGAUUCAUGACCCUUAACAAGAAAAAGGAACCAUCCAUCAAACCAAUCGAAACAAAGACGGUAGAACCAGAGAUCUCCCCAACCCAUGCACCGGAACCUGCCCCGAACACCGCCCUCAAGAAAGAAGAAAAAAAAAUCUCAAGAUGGAAAACACUCAACAAACCCCCAACAACUUAA